AUGCCUAUCAUCCGGAGAGUCCAGCCGUCAGAUCUAUUGCAUCUCAACUUAUGCAACCUCGAUCCCUACACUGAAAACUACGACCUCAACUUCUAUUUGACCUACUUGAUGAGAUGGCCUUCGUUGUUCCAAUGUAUCGAAGAGCACGGUCAGAUUGUCGGGUAUAUCAUUGGAAAAGUCGAAACUUCUCCCGCACAACUACAAGGUACGCCACACUACCUGCCAUGGCAUGGCCAUAUCACGGCUCUGUCAAUCGCACCACAGUAUCGGAGAUUCGGAUACGGCAAACUUCUGAGUGAGUCGCUAGAAAAGGCUUGCAACCAACAGAAUGCCUGGUUCGUGGAUCUGUUUGUACGGAAAAGCAAUACGAACGCCAUCAAAAUGUACGAGAGCAUGGGCUAUUCGACCUUCCGGACCGUGGUCAGGUAUUAUGCAGAUGAUCCGACUGGUGUUUCCCAAGACGGAGAGGACGCUUUGGACAUGCGGAAGCCUCUGGACAGGGACAAGGACCGAAUCCACGUCAGGGAGAAUGGUGAGAGUUUCAAGGUCGACCCUGAGGAUGUCUUUUGA